UUUCUUCUGAGAGACUGCUUCACAUUUUCUACACUUGUUUGUUUUAUGAGAAGGUGGCCAGAGUGAUGAACUCAGACCAGGAAAGGCCGUUCGUGUGCAACGCUCCUGGCUGUUCUCAGCGAUUCCCCACGGAGGACCAUCUGAUGAUACAUCGACACAAACAUGAGAUGACCCUUAAGUUCCCCUCCAUAAAGAACGACAACAUGUUAUCAGACCAGACACCCACACCAACACGCUUCUUGAAGAACUGUGAGGAGGUGGGAUUGUUCAGUGAACUGGACUGCUCCAUCGAGCAGGAGUUCUGCAAGGCCCAAGAAGAAGAGGACAGUAAACAGAACAUCACACUGCAUGGCCAGGCAGGCCAAGGCCAGCACCAGCAUUCCCACUCACGCAUGGGCAACCAUGAUACCAGCAUAGUGAUCCAGCAAGCCCUGCCCUCCCCUCAGUCCAGCUCCGUCAUCACUCAGGCUCCAUCCACCAACAGACAGAUAGGGCCUGUCCCCGGCUCUCUGUCCUCAUUGCUGCACCUACGAAACAGACAGAGACAGCCUCUGCCAGCCUCCAUGCCUGGAACUCUGCCAGACCCGACCAUGCCUGGCUCCUCCGCCGUGCUGAUGCCUAUGGAGAGACAAAUGUCCAUGGGCUCUAAUAUGAUGGGUAUGCAAGGACCCACCCACAGCAGCUCCUGCUCUUCCACUCACAUUCCCUCCAUGCACUCAGAAGCCAAACUGAGGCUGAAGGCCGCACUUUCACACCACCCGGGUGCCAUCGCCAACGGCAACAUGAACUCCAUGGGCCACAUGAUGGAGAUGAUGUCAUCGCGGCAGGAGCAAGGCACCCACCAUCACAUGCACCCGCACCAGCACCUGCAAGCCCCUCCCCACGCAUACCAGCACCACGGCCAUCACCACCACAGCCAGGGCCACGGCCAGGGUGGACACCACCACCCACAGGGACACAACCCCCAUCACAACUCCCACAAUCCCCACCUCCAUCCCGGGCACUCACACCAGACCUCACCGCACCCUCCAAUGCACUCUUCUUCACAUAUGUCACCUGCAACCCAGCAGAUGCAGCCCACGCAGACGCUGCAGUCCCCGCCCCCCAGUGGCGGGAGGCGCAGGCGAGUAGUCGACGAGGAUCCAGACGAACGUCGGCGAAAGUUUCUGGAGCGGAACAGAGCAGCAGCAACAAGAUGCAGACAGAAGAGAAAAGUGUGGGUGAUGUCUUUAGAGAAGAAAGCGGAAGAGCUCACUCAGACCAACAUGCAGCUUCAGAAUGAAGUGACCAUGCUGAAGAACGAGGUGACCCAACUCAAGCAGCUUCUCCUCACACACAAGGACUGUCCCAUCACCACUAUGCAGAAAGAGUCCCAAGGUUACCUCAGUCCGGAGAGCAGUCCGGCGGGCAGUCCAGCGCCAGCGUGCUCCCAGCAGCAGGUCAUUCAGCACAACACCAUCACCACCUCCACCACAACCGUAGGGGGCAGCAGUGUGCACGGGCAAGCCAACCACCGCACAGACAUUAACCCCAUCCACUAGGGACAGGAGAGACUAUAACCCCGGCCCCAAACAACCACCGCUCCAUUACCCUGCUUUCUGAGGGCCGCCAGCUGCACAUGCUGCCCCCACCCCCACCCCCUCCAUCAAGAAAAACCUCAAAGGCCUGUGAGGCUGUUCUUUAUACAGUAGCAACAGUAUGUAUUUUUAUAAGCCAACCCUAUUAACGCAUAAAUGUUCUAUGGUGUGUUGCCUCUUUUUUAAAACUAUUUUUUGUUGUGCUUUUAGCGAAAAGGGAGUUUUGCUAAUCUCAUGCAGCAUUUAAGUGACUUUUUCUGUUGUGUACUGGUACAAAAUGAACCAUGGUAGUCAUGGAACCAGAGGAAAGAGACAAUAGCCUCAGACUGUCAUCUCUGUGAGUAAACCUUACAUCUCCGUAUGCCUGAUGGACAGAAAAAUGCAUCAAACCAUUCUCUGAGUAUCACGUGUGGACAGUAUGUUGAGUGUAUGCAACAGACUUAGUGAGUGGGAUGUUGCUGCCUUCUGAAACAAAGUCGAACUGUCACAAUGAUGUCUUGAAGACAAGGAAUAUGCAAGCAGGUGUUAUGAUCCUUUUCUUUCCGAGAAAUGUAUACGACUGUUAACCUUUUCCCUGUCAGCGGUAUUCUUAAAGAGUGUGAUAAAGUACAGCAUGACAGUGAAGACAUGAUCAAAUGGAAGCAAUACAUUGCAGUAUUGAUCGUCUUCUCUACUGUGUGUCUGCGUUAUGAUCAGUGUGGCCAAGCCACUCUGGUCCCGAGGACAUACGAUGCUGUUACAGCUACAGAACUGUACACUGUGAUACCAGUGAGGCAGCUCGGGGGUUUGAAACAAACUCCUCCGCUCUCCAGGACCAACUGAAGCUUUAAUUAUUGAGGCCUCUUCUUUGUGUGUUUGUGCAUCUGGAUCCACAUUUUGGAUUCAAACCCCAAAUUAAUACAACAUCGGAUUGUGUGCAUGUGUAUUAUGUAUAUUAUGUGUUUGCGUUUUGCCUUCUUUCCCCUGCGGAACGAAGUUCAGCAGGUGUAAAGAAAGAAAAACAAAACAAAAAAAAAGGUGAGCAUGAUUUUUUUUUUUCUUUUUUUAUUUGACUGGCAUCCCACAGCUGGCAAAGUGUUUCUCGAGAGGAGCAGUUUAUGCCUGUGCUUUCCAAAAUGUCACAAUGUGCCUGAAUCUUCUCAAAAUCUUCUGUUGGCUUACUGUAGAAAGCAAAAUGCCACUCUUAUUUCUUCAAACAAUCAAAGCCGUUUAAUUCUCAGUGUACUAUUAAUGAGUUUUCUCUGUUAUUGGCCGUUUUUCAUUUGAUCUCUUUAUCAGUUUCUCUUCCUGUCUUUCUCAGGCCUCCUCUGCAGUUCAGAUCAGCGAUGGCUGUACUACUAAUGAUUCAGGCUUUACUUCUUUUUUUUCUCCUUUUUUUUAUAUAAAUCUCCCCAACAUUCUUGAAACUCAACUGAUGUUGACAACAACUGCUCGUUUUCUCUUUCCUAUGACCAGGAAUGUCGAUUCAUUAGCAUGAUGACCAUAAUGCACUGUGUUUUGCAGUAGGAUGGAUGAAAUACAUUCCACUGACAGGUGGAGCGAUCGCAGAGCUGUCUAUGCACUUUGUCCUCUGUCAUGCCAGAGGGUAGAAUAGCCAUAUUAAGGUCCGAGUAAUUCUCAGUGAUCCCCCUUUUUCACGCACCAGCAAGAAAUGGAACUGUGUUUGGCUUUAUGGAGACACCGUGCCUGGCAUGCAUCACAUGUCUAUAGAUCGAAGAAGGGAACCUAAAGCUCAUUGUAGGAUGAGACUCAGAUAAAAGGACCCUGCACCACUAAAUUUUUAUUCUGGAAAAAAGCAAAAAGCAACUCCAGCUCUAGUUUUGUCAAAGAUGAAGGAAGAAUGUCUUUAUCCUCAUAAUGGGUUACAUUCAGGUUUUGUCAAAGCAUUCGGAUUGUUUAUGUCACAUCUUAACCUUAAAGUCUGUGUGUGUGCAGUUGGAUGUGUGUGAUGAGACAGAGUAAUUGAUUCUCUCGAAAAGGGCUUUGUCAUAUCAACCCUUUGAACUGAAGCUUGCCUUAUUUUAGGUUGUUUUUAUAUAUAUAUAAAAAAAAUCAUAUCUAGAUUGUUAAACCAUUCCAAAUUAACCUCUUGCAUGUGAAAAUAUGGUAAUGACCUCAAAAUACUUUCAACUGGAAUCAUUGUAGAGUCUCUAGUUUCAUUUCAGACGGCGGAUCCAGGUUCAGAAAAAGACAUUUGUUACUGCAGAGGCAGACAAAAAGGACAGGUGGAAGUGCAGUAUGUGUGUGUGUGUUUGUGUGUCUGUGUGGUUUUUGUGACUGGUGGAGAGGAAACUUCCUACAUGUUAUAAUUGUAUUAUUUUAAAUCUAAAACUAUAAAUAUUGUACAUAAUGUCAUUGAUUUCUGUAAUCCUGUACAUGUAAUUCAACCACCUUUCUGUUUGAAGGGAGUAAAUGUGUGGUACAUGCUUGUAAAUAAUGUCCGCAUAGCACUUGCCUUUUGUUGUACAUCGAGGCUCAUUUCAGCGCUUAAACGCAUUGUUUAUAUGUAAUGAACUGAGGAAUCCGUUCUCGCCUGCAUAACUUUGUACAUUUUUUUUGUGUCUGUAAUGACAGUAUCUCCUUUUGUUUUGCAUUUGUACAGAUGUUAAAGUAUCACUGCAGUUACAUUACGGUAUGAAAAUAAAGCACUUGUUCUGUAACAUGUAACAAAGUGAUGGGAUUGAAUGUCACAACUACCUGCGCUUGAAGUCUAGUGACACAGUUAUUUCCAAUAGAGUGCAAAAAUCU